ACAAACAUAAUUUUAUAAUUUUCUGUCGCAUUCUCGCAUUGGCACUGGCUGGAAAUUGUUUAUCUGUGAAUAAAAAGUGAAAUAUUUAUUAUUUUCUUUCGAAUUCUCUCAUUCGCACUGGCUAAUAGUUGUUUUUUUUUUUUGUGAAUAAGUAAUACGAAUUAUUCGAAAUGCACUUCCUGUAUGUAAUAUCAUGUGCACUUAUAAUUAAAAGUGUGGACUCUUUUUUGAGUAACAAAACUAUAGAGGGAUAUCCGGUUUCCUUUUUAACGGACGGCUGCCCCGGCUCAAUGAAACCGUCAGAAAUUUCCAAAGAGAACUUAAAGUUUGUUGAGAUAUAUGUGUACGGACUUAAAGGUGAAGGAAGAAACAAAUAUAACUAUAACACUGUGCACAAGAUGGCGGAAGAUCCCACCAUAGACUGGAGCAAACGUACUCUUCUUUAUGUGCCCGGCUGGAUGGACAGUCUCCGCAGCGCUCCCAUGAGCAGAAUCCUGAAAUUCUUCUACAGAAGAAUGGGCUACAAUGUGUGGAUACUCGAUAUAUUGAAAUUUAUGACUCAGGAGUACCCUAUAGCUGUUCGGGCUAUGAUGGCGGUCGGUGACCGCGUGGGUGAAAUGCUCGCCAACCUGACUUCCCUUCAGCCCCAGUUCGACCCCAAGAAGUUGGAGCUGAUAGGGAACAGUCUCGGGGGGCACACGAUGAGCUUCAUAGCUAAGAGUUACUACAGACUGACAGGUGUAAAAGUCUCAAGACUAACAGGCCUGGACGCGGCCGGUCCCUGCUUCCGAAACAGAGGUCCCGAUGGUCGAAUCGACGAGAGCGAUGCCGAUUUCGUCGACCUGAUACUCACCAACAUUGACACAUUCGGGAUGGCGCCUCCAGUGGGACACGUGAAUUUUUAUGUCAACGGCGGGGAAUACCAACCGGGCGAUGGUUACUGGAUGAUGUGUGGACCAUUCUGUAGUCAUUCCAGAAGCUUCACAGUUUGGGGAGCGGCUUUAUUGUUCCCAAACUCCUUUAUAGCCAUGAAAUGUGAUUCGGUUCAAGACGCUAGGGACAGAAAGUGUUAUGAUAGAAUGCCGGUGGAAACGAAUGUGCUGGGACCUAAUGUGGACAGGAAUAAAACGGGAAUUUAUUUCUUGCCUACAACGAAUGUUUUCCCGUAUUUCAUGGGCAAAAACGGUUUGAAAAAGGAAAAUGAUUAUGUGUUGAGGAAGUUGACUGAGUUGAAUGCUGUUGAUGUGUUGAAAAUGUGAUUUGGUAGGAA